AUGAUUGUAUUAACUGAGUAUGAAUUAGCAGAAUUAUUAGUUAUAAUAAUCAAAUUAAACAUUAUUUUAUACAAUAAAAUCAUAAAUUAUUAUAAUCAAUUAAAUGCUUGUUAUAAUAUAAAAUUAAUUAACUAUAAAAAAGAUUAUUUAUUUGAUGAAAGUAAUUUAAUUAAUAAUAACUUAUUUAAAAACAAAAAUAUAAAAGUAAAAUAUGAUAAAAAUUUUAUUAAAAAAUUAGAAAGUAUAAUUUCAAUUAAAAAAGAAAAUAAACCUAAAUUAAAAACUAAAAAAGAAAUUAAAAUUGAAAAAAGAACGUUUGAUUUUAAAGAAUUAAUUAAUAAGUUUAAUCAAAUGAAUGAAGAUUUAAAGUAA